CCAGAGGGCUGUCGGCGCAGUAGCAGCGAGCAGCAGCGUCCGCGCGCUCCGGCGAGGGGCAGAAGAGCUCGAGGGAGCGCGGGGCAGCAGGAGCGAGAGCCGAGCCCAGACCGAGCCCCGGGGACCCACCGCCCGCCCCAGGCCACCCAGCAGAGCCCCAGCCAUGGCACACCAGCUCCUGUGCUGCGAGGGGGAGACCAUCCGCCGGGCGUACCCCGAUGCCAACCUCCUCAACGACCGGGUGCUGCGGGCCAUGCUCAAGGCGGAGGAGACCUGCGCGCCCUCGGUGUCCUACUUCAAGUGUGUGCAGAAGGAGAUCCUGCCGUCCAUGCGGAAGAUCGUGGCCACAUGGAUGCUGGAGGUCUGCGAGGAGCAGAAGUGCGAGGAGGAGGUCUUCCCGCUGGCCAUGAACUACCUGGACCGCUUCCUGUCGCUGGAGCCCGUGAAGAAGAGCCGCCUGCAGCUGCUGGGGGCUACCUGCAUGUUCGUGGCCUCCAAGAUGAAGGAGACCAUCCCCCUGACGGCCGAGAAGCUGUGCAUCUACACUGACAACUCCAUCCGGCCCGACGAGCUGCUGCAAAUGGAGCUGCUCCUGGUGAACAAGCUGAAAUGGAACCUGGCAGCCAUGACCCCGCACGAUUUCAUCGAGCACUUCCUCUCCAAAAUGCCGGUGGCGGAGGACAACCAACAGAUCAUCCGCAAGCACGCGCAGACCUUCGUCGCCCUCUGCGCCACAGACGUGAAGUUCAUUUCCAACCCGCCCUCCAUGGUGGCUGCGGGGAGCGUGGUGGCCGCAGUGCAGGGCCUGCAUCUGGGAAGCGCCAACGGCUUCCUGUCCUAUCACCGCCUCACACGGUUCCUCUCCAAAGUGAUUAAGUGUGACCCGGACUGCCUCCGGGCCUGCCAGGAGCAGAUUGAAGCCCUGCUGGAGUCCAGCCUGCGCCAGGCCCAGCAGCAGAACCUGGACCCCAAGGCUGCGGAGGAGGAGGAGGAGGAGGAGGAGGAGGUGGACCUGGCCUGCACGCCCACCGACGUGCGGGACGUGAACAUCUGAGGGCGCCGGCGGCGAGGGAGGGGCCGGCCCCAGGUGCUCCCCUGACAGACCGUCCUCUCCAGGACUGGUCACCACCAGAAGGGAAAGCUUCCUUCUCCCUGCUGUCGGUUUUUUCCUUUGCUCUUUCUCCCUUCCGUCUCUGACUUAAGCGAAAGAAAAAAGUACCGGAAAAACUGUCUUUAAAAAAAAAAAAAAAAAAGGAGAGAAAAAAAAUAGUAUUUGCAUAACCCUGAGCCGGGAGGGAGGAGGGUCGUGCUACAAAAAUAGAGGAUUUUAUACCCCAUAAUCAACUAGUUUUUAUAUUAAUGUGUUUGUGUCUCUGUGUUGUAAGGAUAGGCAUUAACACAAGGAAUGAUUCUGCAGGGGAGGAUUAGAUUUGAUUCUUUCUGUGUUUAAAACAAAAAGCAUAAAAACCUUUAAAAAAAAAUAGAAACAAGUCAGCAAACCAUUUUUAAAGUAGAAGAGGGUUUUAGAUAGAAAAACAUACCCUUGUGCUUUUCUUAAGGAGCACAGCUUUAAGGCGGUUCUCAGCAUCCUGUAUCUUGCUUGCUCCUGCAUGUAGUCACUUUAUAAGUCAUUGUGCGUGUUUAUUUUAUUUCGUAGGUAGGCGUGUAACCUCUCCACCUUGUCAGUGGCUGGUGUGACCUCUCGGUUAGAGUAGUGUAGAGUUCAGCAUCGUCAAGUGCUAAUCAUUUCUGCCUGUGGACCGGCCACCUUCGAGGUGCGUCGGGCACCGGCCAGCAUCGUGGUGAUGGAAGGCCAACCCUCCGGCUCCUAGCGUCCGCUGCUAGGAAGAGAAACCGCGAUAGCAACCUAAUAUAUUCUAUUUUUGUAAUCUUCAUAUUUUUGUAGUUGCCUGUUGAUGAGAUGCUGGUUUUUCACCCCACAGACCUGCAGCCUGCUCACAUCCAGGUGAAAUUCACAGCUCCUUUUUUGUUGUUGUUCCUUCUCGAUAUUCUAAACCAUUCCAUUUCCAAGCACUUUCGGUCCAGUGGGUAGAGGCGCUAUCUUUGUUUAGGUUGUGUGCGGAGGCGGGGAGCAAUUUCUUAAUGGAAUGGUUUGGGAAUAUUCACGGACUUGUGUGCGGACAGGAUCGCAAGGCAAGUGCAUGUCACUGUGGUGUCAGCGGAAGGGGGAUGUUGGGAAGGCUAGGUUCCAGUCAGGAGGAGGGAGAAGACGUGCAUCCUCACACUGCCAGGAUGAUGUGUUCCUUUUUCUGUAGAGAAGUUGAAGUUUUAGGGAUCCUUUGGUGCCAACUGGUGUUUGAAAGUAGGGGCCUUAAAGGUUUACCUAGGGAACUCGUAGUUUAAGGGUUAGGAAGGUUUUUAAACACUAAAAUAUAUAAUUUAUAGUUAAGGCUAAAAAGAAUAUUUAUUGCAGAGGAUGUUCGUUAAGGCCAGUAUGAGUUAUAAAGUAAUGCAGUCUCCCCUUGAUUUAAAUACACACACACACACCCCUUUCUGCCUUUGAUGUUGCAGGUACAGUACAGUUUAUAAAAGUCAGAUCCUUUCAUAGGAAAGAAAAAGAAUCCCUAGAAGAAGCAGAAAAAUCACGUGGAUUUGGCUGAUUCGGCCUGUUGGGCAUUUCCCAACGUGAUCCAAUCUGAGGGGCAUCAGAGUUACAAGGAAAAUUAGGGUACUCGAAACAUGUUCAGUUCCAGUAAAUUCUUACCCCCUGCCCUCUCCUUUUAAGAACAUUUUAGCAACCCAUAGACGAUUUGCACAUGGUGACUACGUUCCUUUCUGUAAUUGUGAUGUGGGGAGUGUUGAGGUGGAGUGAGCACCGAGCGGGAUGCUCGGAGGGAGGAUGUGAGGGAGCGAGUGUGUGGAGGGGAGGCGCGGGGACCACGCGAGGGACAGGCUGAGGCUCUGCUGAUUCGCUGCUACCGAUGGCUCCCCAGCUCGUCCGGAAAGACUGACAUCGCUUCUCUGUAUCUUUCACAUUGUGUUGCUGCUAUUGGAGGAUCAGUUGUUUUGUUUUACAGUGUCAUAUACUGCCAUGUUCUCAUUAUAAUUUUCUCAUAGAAAAAUGUAUGAUGGAUGCCUUUUUUUUUUUUGUAGAUUUUUUUUAUGUGAUCAGUUUUGACUUAAUGUGAUUACUGCGCUAUUCCAAAAAGGUUCCUGUUUCACAAUACCUCAUGCUUCACUUAGCCAUAUGUAGACCCGGCCGUCAGGUUCUGUCUGACCCGCGGCUUCCUGCUUCGGCAAACAGACACGCGGACGAGAUCCCAAAACGGGCCUGGUGGGGACGGGCUGCGGGCCGAGUUCACGCGGCCCCCCGGCAUCUCUCGGGACCAGGCUGUGUCCGUUUCCUUUUCCCUGCGCCUGUUAUGCUGGACUCUCCAUCUGACCUGGGAUUUACCAUCAUAGUAGUUUUUACCGCUGUAUCGUUCUUUGCGUGUAGCUAUGAAAGUUGCAUUAUUAUUAUUAUUAUUAUUAUUGUAACGAGUAUGUCUUAACGUGCCACCGUGGUGCUGUGCUGGAAGACUCAGUCAUUUGGGAUGAGUGAAAUGAAUAGCUUCUGAAAUCGUUCAAGUUUCGGGUGUGUUAAAUCUGUUAACUAUGUGCUAGUGUUCUGUUCUGUUCAUUACAGCAUCAUGCUAAUUUAAAGAGACUCCAAAUCUCAAUGAAGCCAGCUAACGGUGCUGUGUGCCCCGGAGUCGCCUAGCACGCUGCCGAACCAAAAGGAUUUGUACCAUCUGCAGCCCUGCCCCAGCAGGGUCAGCCCGUGUUGCUCCAAGGCCAUUGGCAGGUCCAGGACCCGCCCGCCCUGCCCUGCAGGAACACUGCUUCCGCUUACCUCAACCAUUCUGGCUGCGGCAUCUCUGUGUCUGAACCAAACAGGGUCCUGGAGGGACAGUCUGUCCUGGGGGGGUGGACAUUGUGUGCUGAAAGGCCGGUGGCGGGUCUGGGAGCACAGGGGAGCCUGUCCUGUGACCAGCAAGUCUGUGAGGGUCUCUGGUGGGUGGGCAUAUGGGGUCUGUGUGUUUCUGGUUGCACACCGUGGCGUUUCCCAGCACAGACAUGUAACCGGCACGUUUCCAGCAGAAAACAAGACAAACGUGAAAAGUCUAGAAAUAAAAUUAAUAAAACCCUGG